AAUAGAUGUAGUACGGCUCAGUGACAGUCACUGACUCAACAUGUGAAACAAAACCACCUAAACUUUUUGAAGCUCUAAAUCCCAGACGAACUGAAACCAGAACAAAUUGAUCGAAAGUUACUUAGAUCGAGAGCUCGAGUUUCCGAACAAAAUGGGUUUCACCAUGGGCUUGAAUUUGGUUCUUCUUCUCGCCAUGGUGGCCACCAACAUUCUCUCUCUCUACCACCUCUCCUCCACUUCUCUUCUCUCUUCUCCAAAGCCUCCAACUCCCCAACAAGUCCCUGAUCAGCUUCUCCAUCAACUCCAAACAAUACGCGCCACUAUUAACCACCUCACGCGCCACCAACCUCCUCCCACCACCACCACCUCAACCUCUGCCUCCACCAUUCCCCAAGAUCUCCUUCUCUACUCUCGCCUCUCCCCCAUUGCUUCCUCUUGUCACAACCACCCUGACCUUAUUCAUCAGUACAUGAGCUACACUCCCUUCACUUUGUGCCCGCUUGACACCCAGCUUCAAGAGACUCUUAUUCUCCGCGGCUGCCACCCGCUGCCUCGCCGCCGCUGUUUCUCGAGGACCCCACCUAAACCCUCCUCUUCCUUGGCGUUAAACCCUUUUGGCCCUCUUCUUGACUCUAAUGUUAUUUGGACUAAUUACAAUUGUAAAAGCUUUUCUUGUCUUGUGAAACAAAAUCCCAAUCUUGGGUUUGAUCCCGCUAGUGAAAAAAGCUCAUCCUUUUUAAAUUUCAAAACUGAGCUGGAUCUCCCAGUUCCACAGUUGUUUCAGAUAGCUAAAGCUGCAAACUUUGUUAUAAGACUCGGGGUUGAUGUGGGUGGUGCUACUGGCUCUUUUGCAGCAAGAAUGAAGCUUUAUAAUGUUACUGUGCUUACCACAACUAUGAAUCUCGGUGCACCCUAUAGUGAGGCUGUGGCUUUAAGAGGGCUUGUGCCUCUGCACGUGCCGUUGCAGCAGCGGCUACCUAUUUUUGAUGGGGUGGUGGAUCUUGUGAGAUGUGGGCACGCGGUGAAUAGGUGGAUACCUUUGACAAUGAUGGAUUUUUUGUUUUAUGAUGUCGAUAGAGUGCUGAGGGCCGGUGGGUACCUAUGGCUGGAUCGGUUUUUCAGUAAAGAAGUGGAUCUUGAGAAGGUUUAUGGACCGUUGAUUGGGAAAUUGGGUUACAAGAAGGUGAAGUGGGCAACUGCUACAAAGAAUGCCAAGACUGGAGAUGUUUACUUGACUGCUCUUUUGCAGAAGCCUGUUUCAAAGUGACAAUCAAGCAAUGGAGUUUGAGUGAAUCUGUGAAUUUAAUGCCUGCACAUUAUCGAAGAAACUUAGAUCUUUCUUUUUUACUGGAUUGUGCUGUGCUAAGAGUAUUUCAGCAGGGCAGGACUUCGAUUCAUGUUUUAGAAAACAUGAAUAUUGUAGUUGUCAAACCUCAGGUAAAGGUUGUAGCUCUUAAACUUGGUUGGCCACUUUGAGCUGGGAUGAACCACGGUUAAACUGGCCCAAAUCCAGUGGUUCACAGUUCAACUGGAAAUUUACCUAAGUGCCAACCGUUUCAUGGCGUGAGCAACACCAUCAGGCCACGCUGAAUGUUUUGACUGUAAAAUAAGAUAUUUUUAUUUGUUAGGACUUAAACCUAGUACUUCAUCAAUUAAAAUGGUUUGCGUGUGCCAUCAGACUAAAUUUGUUUUCAUUGUUUGUGCAAAUGUAUUCUAGGUUUUAUAUAUAAUGAUUAAAUAGUCAAAAUUGUUUUGAAUAUGAUUUUUAAUUUUUAUCUAAUUAGUACAUUGGUCUUACUGCCAGUUGACAUAGACCAGCCCAUCAUGGGGUCAAUGCCUGGUUUGGAUUUGAAAAACAUUGAUAAGGGGCUGGGCAACAUCAUACUAGCUGGUGGUGUUUAGGUUCAAAUUUUUAGGAAUGACAAACAAACCUUAUGUUAGGAAGAACAAAUACGAACAAUGCAAAUUAAAUUUCUUUUCCCUACUAAUCAACACAACACAAUUAUCAUGAUCAAUAGCUAAAAAAUCUAAGAAUAUAAACAAUAUAAAAAAAACAUCUUUGAAAAUUGAGACCUUAACUUAAACGGAAAACCAAAAGUGGAAAAUGCCAGAGGGAUCUAAAUCCAAUAUCAAUAUAUUUGUUGAUAUUAAUGUGUAAAAGCUAAGGUUUUUCUAGUUUAAUAUCAUAGGCUCAUCAAUCAA